AUCCUUCACGGAAGUCAGCGCUGGCGACGGUGGCGGCCUCUUCAGCCUAGCAGCAGGAAGAGGAUGUUCGCUUCCAGUGAAAGAAUAAUAUCACCUGAUUAUAAGCCUUAAUAACAGAACAAACAGCCGUGGAGUUUUCUGCUGAGUCUGCCGGGAUCUACACAGCGGAUCUCCCCCCCUUAAGCCGGCCUCUGUGAGUCUGAAGCAGGGCGCUGGAUAAAAUGUCCCUGUUCCAGUCAGCACUGGAUUUCCUAGCCGGGCCCGGAUCGUCUGGACUGGCAGGCCGGGACCAGAAUGACUUCGUGGGACAGGUCGUUGAGCUCGGUGACAUGAAGCUGAGGAUCAAGAGGGUGAUCGCUGAAGGUGGAUUUGCCUUUGUGUAUGAAGCCCAGGACAUGAGCAGUGGGAAAGACUAUGCCCUCAAGAGGCUGCUGUCCAACGAGGAAGAGAAGAACAAGGAAAUCAUACAGGAAGUCUGCUUCAUGAAAAAGCUGUCGGGUCAUCCCAACAUGGUUCAGUUCUGCUCCGCUGCCUCCAUCAGUAAGGAGGAGUCGGACACUGGACAGGCGGAGUUCUUGAUCCUCACUGAGCUGUGUAAAGGUCAGCUGGUAGACUUUAUAAAGCGGGUGGAGCAGAGGGCUCCCAUGUCAUGUGACACUGUGCUGAAGAUCUUCUACCAGUCGUGCCGUGCCGUGCAGCACAUGCACAAACAGAAGCCUCCCAUCACACACAGAGACCUCAAGAUUGAGAACCUCUUGAUUAGUAACCAGGGCACCAUCAAGCUGUGUGACUUUGGCAGCGCCACCACAGUGUCUCAUUACCCCGACUACAGCUGGUCGGCCCAGAAGAGGUCCAUGGUGGAGGACGAGAUCACAAGGAACACCACUCCAGCGUACCGAACGCCAGAGAUGAUCGAUCUCUACUCCAACUUCCCCAUCAAUGACAAGCAGGACAUCUGGGUCAGAGCUUUUUCCUUUUCUUUCCCCCAUGUCACAGCUAAUCGAAGACCAUUU